AUGCGGGUAUUGGCUGUUUUGCUUCCUUUGGAGGGGCCGCCGGUCCGUCUCAAAGUCAUUAUCACUGCCGCUGUCGUCUCUCCUUUGAUCUUCUUCACCUUCUUCUUCUCCCUUUCGCCGAUUCCGUUAUCCAGCACUCCAGCUAUAGCAUGCGCUACCGCUGCUGCUGCUGCUGCUGCUGCUGCUGGCGGUACUGAUGCCCCUACUACUUCUAGAUUCGCAAAGCUCAACAAUCUCGACACUGAACUCAUUGACCUCAUUGACCUCCAUUCUUACAUCGCCAGCAAUAUCAUCAAUCCAACCAUCACGCGAAUCAACCAACCACGCCUCUCCCCUGCCCGUAAUGCCCUGCUAGGCAACGACGAAAAAAACACCAAACCAAUCCACCAUUUUGCUUCUCCCACAAUGCUCUACGACCUCAACAUCGCCUGGUCCCCGGCCACAACCACAGAGCGCCUCCUCCAAACGCUCACAACCGCCUCCUCUCUCGGCUACGCCACCGUCGCCCUCAACCACACUCUCGAGCUGCCCUUUCCCGCGAAUCCCACAACGCCGUUCCCAUCUCUGCCGGCCUCUUCUUCCGACUCCAAGCUCCCACACGUCCUCCACCGCGCUACUCUCCCUCUCGCCGAUCCAGCCGCCUCAAACUACCGCCUCCCAUCUUUAGUCAGCGUCUACGACCUCCUCGCAAUCCGGCCCCUCACCGAAAAGGCCUUUCAGAAUGCCUGCCUCACUCUCGACAUUCCCAUCAUCUCGCUGGACAUGGCGCAACAUUUUCCUUUCUACUUUCGCCCCAAACCCUGCAUGGCCGCCGUAUCGAGGGGCGUGCGCUUCGAGAUAUGCUAUUCCCAGGCCUUGGCUGCCGAUCCGAGGGGACGCGCAAACUUCAUCUCCAAUGCGACCAACCUCAUCAGAGCUACACGAGGGCGAGGCAUAAUAAUAAGCAGCGAGGCUAAGAACGCUUUUGGUCUGAGAGCCCCCGCCGAUGUGGUCAACUUGUUCAAUGUAUGGGGUCUUCAGAGUGAAAAAGCCAUGGAGGGACUGAGGACAAUACCGCGGAGCGUGGUGGUCAACGAGGGAAUGAAGAGGGAUGGUUUCAGAGGAGUCAUCAACAUCGUUCAGGUGGUGAAGAAGAAUCUGGUUGAAGGCGACCAGACGGAUGACCAGUCCUCAGCGACAGACCAACCCGGCAAGAAGAAGAACCAGAAACGAAAGAAUGGUGGGGAAGAUGGACAACCUAUCAGCAGGCGAGAGGCAAAGAAGAUGAAACUGGCAGCAAGAGCAGCAGCAUCGGACAAAAAGUGA